CACCAGUCCACCCAACACGACAAUGGCCACGAGACGGUUAGUGAGGCCAUUGGUCUCAGCUGCAUCCACAUCAUGGCUCUGUCCAGCAUGCGCACGAACACCCCCAAUCCAACAACACCUCCUCCGUCCACAGCAAGCACAAAAACGAGCAGCGCAUUCCGUCCCCCCACUUGCAGGCCUCGAAAAGAGCUUCGAAGAAAACGGAGUGCCGGGUCUAUUCAGCAACGAGGGCUUCAAACAAGCAUGGCUCGACUACCAAGGCAUGAUAACAGACAAACUCAACUCCCUCACGGCCGGCGAGGCCACGUACAACGAAACAGCGUACAGCCUCCUGCUGCGCUUCGCUCGCGACCCCAUGAACGCCAGCCUGUUCAAUCACGCGAGCAUGGCGUACAACAACCACUUUUUCUUCAAGACGCUCAGCACCGCGCCUGUGCACAUUGAAGACCAGAAGGUCGCGGCGGUGAAGGCGAGCCUUGAGCAGACGUUUGGCAGUAUUGAUACGCUGCGGACUGCUAUGCUCGAUGCGGCUUCGGGCAUGUUUGGCCCGGGGUUUGUCUGGCUUGUGUGGAUGCGUAGUUCGGGGUCUGGGAGCUUCGCUCAGCGCGAUGACCAGGGUUGGCGCGUGCUGACCACUUACAACGCCGGCACGCCCUUUCCCACCGCCGCAUACCGCCUUCAAGGACUCGAUGUGAACACCGCCAAUGCGAAGUCGUUUGAAGAUUACUACAAUGCCGAGCCGGCGAAUGAUGCCGGGGCUUUUGGAAGACAUACGGCGGGCGGCAAGGCGGAGGCGAAGAUUCCUCCCGGCGGGACGCAGCUGGCGCCGGUGCUUUGUGUCAAUACGUGGGAGCAUGUCUGGCUGCAUGAUUUCGGCAUCAAGGGCAAGAGGCAGUACUUGGCGCGGUGGUGGGAUGCGAUAGAUUGGUAUGCGGUGCAGACGAACAUGCCUCCGGAGGUGCUGAGGCCGGGGUUUAUGCGGAGGUGAGCGGCGCAUAAUGUAUGGGAGUUUUGUACGAGUAUACAGAUCACAUCCUGCGAGUCCGGGAAAAG